AUUUGUUUUAAAUAUUCAAUAUGGCUGACGGAGGAGUAAUGAGCCAAUAUGAAAGUUCAGGACCAGACUCGAUAAUCAACCUGUCAGUGUCCAGUAAAAGCACCAUGGAGAACGGGGACGUAGUCAAAGGCGUGCUGACCAAUGGCCGGGACUCUCAGAAGCAGACUGUCAUGUCCCUCACCAACGCACAGUCACAGGCUCUGCUGCAACAGUUGACCUUGUCUCCAGCGCAGCAGCAGCUGUUUCUCCAGCAGGCUCAGGCCCAGCUCCUUGCAGCAGCCGUUCAGCAGCACUCCGCCAGCCAGGCCCAGAACAGCAGCACCACGGGGGCCGCCAUCUCUGCCUCCGCAGCCACCCCCAUCACCACCCAACUCCCACUGUCCCAGCCUAUACACAUCACUCCUCUCCAGCAGCAGGGCCUGCAGCAGUUUGUGUUGGUCCAGCCAGGUCAUUCCAUGGCCACCCAGCUACAGCCUCAGUUCUUCAUCUCCCAGACUCCACAGGGACAGCCCAAUCUCCUGCAAGCCCAAAAUCUUCUCACUCAACUACCUCAGAGCCAAGCCAACCUCCUACAGUCUCCAACUAUCACAAUCGCCCCACAGCCGGCCGCUCCCACGCGGACCAUAACUGCCACCCCCGGCCAGCUCCUCAUCCACAGCCAGACCCCGCCCCCUAAGGGUCUGGGCACGCCCACUCUGGAGGACGCCAAUGAUCUGGAGGAGCUGGAGAUUUUCUCCAAGGCCUUCAAACAGAGGAGGAUCAGACUGGGCUUCACACAGGGUGACGUGGGGCUGGCCAUGGGGAAGCUGUAUGGUAAUGACUUCAGCCAGACCACCAUCUCCCGCUUUGAAGCACUCAACCUGAGCUUCAAGAACAUGUGUAAGCUGAAACCGCUGCUGGAGAAGUGGCUCAACGACGCAGAGAAUGUGAGCUCAGAGUCCAGCCCCAGCCUCAGUCCCCUGGGCUCUGGUCACGGGUCACCCAGCCUGGCGUCUGACCUCAAUAGCCGGCGCCGCAAGAAGAGGACCAGCAUCGACACCAACAUCCGUGUGGCCCUGGAGAAGAGCUUCCUCCAGCAAAACCAGAAGCCGUCGUCAGACGAGGUCUCCCUGAUAGCAGACCAGCUGAACAUGGAGAAGGAGGUGAUCCGGGUGUGGUUCUGUAACCGCCGGCAGAAGGAGAAGAGGAUCAACCCUCCCAGCAGCUCAGCUUUCCAGAAGUCCAUCUUCUCGUCCCCUACUACUGCCAGCUUGGUGAACACUGUACCCCAGACCACUGUGACCGUCACCCCCUCUCUGCCUGUCACCAGCUUCAGCUUCACAGACAGGACCCUGGCGUCAGCCACCGGCAACACAGCAUCCGUCAUCUCCAGCACCCCUACAGUCCCCUCUAUGUCCCUCACACCCUCCUCCUCUGUGACAACCAUGUCACAGCCAGCCGUUACCAUGACGCAGGCGGGGCAGAUGCUCUACAGCAACGGCGGGGGUCUGGCUGCAAUGGCGGCUGCAGCGGCGGGAAUCAGCCCGAGUCUCAUGCCCUCAUCGCAGUUCAACACAGGGGGGGCCUUACUGAACCUAACCACUGCAGGUUUUGGAGGAGCGCUAGCCACCAUCCAAGCUCUGGCCUCCAGCGGGUCCUUCCCCAUCACCACCCUGGACGGGAACGGGAACCUGCUAUUCGCUAACACCAGCAUGUCUGGCUCCGCCCCCAGCAUGGUGAACACGCCCCUCUUCCUGAACCCCCAGAGCCUGUCCUUAUUGGGUAGUAACCCUGUCAGCUUCAUCCCCGCCAGUGCCCUCAGCCUGCAACUCACAGCUGGCACCAACACCAUCACCACGGCAACCACACCAGUCAACACCAUCGUCAGAGCAUCUAAGGCCCAAUGAAUGAACUCGCGGGGCGGGUCGCUGCCCGUUUCUUCCUCUUCAUUGGUCGUUAGUUAAUCUUUGUUCUUUUUGCUACCACCAAAAAAGUUGUUGUUGGGAAAAUAUUCUUAAGAUGUUUUCCUCCCUAUCUCUGCCACAAGGGGUCCUAACGGUCCUUUCAAAGAUUGAUUGAGAUUUGGCAAUAGAAUCUCUUUUGCCUCAGAACUGCUUCUAAAACCAAAAAUGUGCGUUUGAUUUUAUUUUGCUGAGUAUUGAAUGAAACUGACAUGGUUUAACAUUCUAGAGAGAUUUCAUGAUGAUCUGUGUGUUAGGUUCUCUAAUUUUAAGUUUUACUUGAGGGCGUUGUACAGGCCUUGACCGUUGACAUCAGAUUUACAACUAAAGAUUACAUUUCUAUGCUUGUUUUUCAUGUUACCUAAAAUGUUCUUUGUGCGGUUAGUUGUGUGCUCUCUGAUAUUUGCCGUUUGUACAUUUUUCAAAACUUUUAUUAAAAGUUUUGUUGCUUUAACAUGUUUUUCAACAAAGUUCCAACUCUUUAAAAAUAAUCACUAGACCGUGAGAGAGCCUGGAUGCAGACUUGCUAUGGAAGAGCUUUACUGCAGUCUCUGGGAAGAGUUAAAAACAGCGGACUUCAAGAGAACUUGGAAUGUCCUUUAUCCAACCAAAUAAUAUUAGUGUACUAGACUUAGCUCUGUAUUAUCAUCACACUAGUGUAAUGUAGCAUAGGGAUUUAUCUAAUGGACCUCCAGAGCGGGAGAGAUUAAUGCAAUAUUUUGAAGGGGACUUUCCAAAGACUAACAAAGAUGUUUCUCUCUGAUAUUCUCCUCCCUUAUGCCGAGGUCUAUAGAAGACAGAGGCAGGAUACCAAAAAGAGCGGCUGGAGAAGGUAGGGUAAGGUGUCCAGUAGUAUAGUGGGGUUGCAUGGCCCAUACUGAAUCUCUGCCUUGGAUUACAUGAGCUCAAGAAGGUAUUUACAAGAGUAAUGAUCUUGAAGUAAUACUCAGGAUAGCCAUUUCCCAGUGAGUCACUGCAUGUACAAGUUAAAGGAGAUUGUCCAGGUCUGGCCUUCUCUGAGCUUAUUCUUUCUCGUAAGACAAAAUAUGCUGCCACUAGAGCCCUGGGUACUGCAAUCAGUACUGACUCAACAUAAUAUAUUGAAAUACCUCAGCAGCAAGAAAACAAUAUAUAUAUAUAGUCAAGCAAAACUGAAACCAUCAAUUCUAAGAAUGUAGAAAUGUUUACCUGUUUUUUUUUGUAGCUUUGCUGUAUGUUUGAAACGGUGACUACAGCAGAGAAUCAUAUCUUGAUACACAACAUGAGCUGACUCCACAUGCACUGUAACUGCAGUGUCCAGUACUACUGCUAUUAUUAUGUAAUAUAUUCACGGAAAUGGUAGUUUAUUCUUGUCUGAUCCUACAUACCAAAGCAUUAGCGUUUUCAUUUUGUAGCUGGUUUGAUGGGUAGAUCUUUUCUUGGUGGUGUUUGUUUGUUCUGGGGGUUUCCUGCAAAGCCUUAUGGGAAAUGUAGUUGUAUCUCUGCUUGCUUGAGUCUUUUUGUUGUGGGUUUGCUCUGCUAUAUUGAGAAGUUUUUGAAAUAUGUAUCCGAGGGCCAUUUUUACUUUACGUCUAGCACUCGAUAUUCACAUGCAAGUAAUAUAUAUACAUGAAAUAUUCCUGUUUUCUAUCUGAACUAGUAGGUUCCUGUAAGUGAAUGUAGUGCAUUAUCUUUAACAUCCUCUGUAGGAUAGAAAUGUUUAAGUGUGACUCUGGACCAAAGUAAACCACAGGGUGUGGACUGAUCCGUUUCUGGCCUUUUUGUCUGUUGACUUGCAGUUUAAUGAUUUGAUUUGACAAUUUAAAAUCCAUGACAUUUUUUUGACCCGGCAACAGAUACACAUACCAAACUGAGGAUAUAAACACAAAGUCCAAAUGCUUGUUUCCAUUAUGGUCCUCUUGUAACUAAGGAAAUGUACUGUGUUUUGUUUUUUACUUUUGUGUGUGUGCUGUUUUAUCAAAAAAAUGUAAAGCCAGAAGUUUUCACAAAUGUGUACUUUUCAUGCCUUUAUGUUUACUUCACAAGGGAGAAAAUGUUUAAUUUUGUGGCCUUAAUGGAUGGGAUAUAUGGUAUCUGCAGACUACUACUUGUAUGUUAAUGCAGGUUAGAAAACAACCUGUUUGUAAAGCUUUACUGACAUCCUGAUGGUUCCAGUCUUGGGGAGGGACAGGCUGUCUAGUGCUGGGUUCAUCUGGGACUGUUGGGCCUAUUCAACACCAGGAGGCAGCAUCUCAAAAGAAACCAAAGACAUAACUCUCUACCACACACACUUAGAUCAGUGGUGCUGCUUUACCUGAAUGUUGUGCAGUUAGUCAUCACAUCUCUUACACAUUGUCUUAGUUUUAUUUGUACACCAAGUAAUGCAGGGGUCGGCAACAUACGGUCAGAGGAAAAAAACACCCCAGGAAACUUUUGAACGUCUAAAACUAGAAAGUAUUUCAAUUAUAAUGGACCUUUUACGUUUUAAAAUAACUGCCCUUUUUCUGGCCCACAAAUCGAUCCCCAAAAAAGUGCGGCCCUCCACUGAAUUUUGAAAUCCCGAUGUGGCCCUUGAGUCUAAAUGAUUGCCCACCCCUUAACAUUUGUUUGUUUUGUUUCUACGUCAAGUAGAGGGCAGAUAUUUUCCUCCAGCUGUAUUCCAAAGCAAAAAUCCUGUUAAAUGUUUCAUCUACACAAAUACCAAAGAAUACUCUGGCCGGGAUUCAAUCCGAUCGCGGGGUUAUAGGCGUUGCGGCUUUUAAAGGCAAUUUCUGAUUGAGCUGAACAUAUGCAGCAUUUAUCGUGAAUGGGACCUCUGCAAAAGCAGGGAACAUUGCCUUUAAAAUACGUAAUACCUUUAUAACCUAGGACCGGAAUGAAUCCCGGCCUCUGACGGUCUUUCCCACUCUUCACGCUCAUCUUUCUACUCCCGUCCCUACAGCGUAUUUAUACUGUAAUAGACCGAUACAGAACCAAGCACUGGCAUCCAAAGCGCAAUGUAUAUUAUGGUACAUUUCAGGGAAGAUAUCGUCAAGCAGAAAAUGUGUUUUGAAAAGAGCUUAAUUGUUUUUUUUCUCAUUCAGUAUGGAUGUCAAUGCAGAAUGAACUUACUGUUGGUAGAUGGUCAAAUGUAAGGUAUUUUUGUAUGUUUUAGGAUUCAGUGCCUCGAUUCACUGCCUGUGUAUCGUGAUUUAAUACUUUUUUUUUUUUUACAAAAAAAAGAAAACGUGUAGGCUUGCAUAUCUUUUUCUAACACCCACACAAAGUUGGGUAGGUUACUUUCUAAAUGUAAUCCGUUACUAGUUAUCUGAAAUUGUAAACAGUUAACUAACUUUUAGAUUACUCAGUAACAAUCUGAUUACUUUCCCCUUAAGAAGCAUUAGAAGAAGACAAAAAUGAUCCAUCAAACACAUUUGUUGUGUCAUAGUAGUCUCUGACUUGUGAUCAGACUCGCUCAGGGGAAAUAAACGUAAAUGUCUUUCAAUGCCUAAUUUAAUGUAAUUGAUAAAACAGAAAGGUGUCAAUGUAAAAUUUUGUUAACCAAGAAGUAAUCUAGUUUUUCAAAAGUAUCUAAUCUGAUUACAAUAUUUUUGCUGAUAAUUUAACGGAUUACAGUUUUUUGUAAUCGUUCUGUACACCACUCCAAAUCUGGUCCCUACUUCCUCCUGUCUCGUUUAGUGAGGUAGCAGUUGUCACACUAACUCUAGGUGGUGACACCCAUGGUUGUGGCAAUGCAAGGUGUGAUGUCACUGCUUGGCAGACUACAUAGAUGAACACACCCACUCAACAGUAUACUAGCUUACUACUGCUAUAUCAACUACUAUCACGCCACACUGUUGUCACAGGAACAACGUAGGGAGACUGUAGUCGUUUAACUAUGUCCCUGUUUGUCUGCUGUAUUUGGGGGAUUACAUUUUUUUUACUUACAAAUGUAUAUGAAAAAUCUCUUACUGUAACUUUGUUAUAAACAUCAUUAAAAGUAGUAACAUUGUU